AUGGCAGACAAGGCAGAGAAAAUUGCUGCUGCAAGAAAAAAGCUGAAGCAGUAUCAGGCGCGACAGAAGGACCGUGAUCAUGACCCGCAUCAGCCGCAAGAACCAUGCACUGAACCGACACCGCCAGACAUAGGUCAACCGGCAGAGGUAAAUCAGUCGCCAUCUCCGCAACCACCGUCCUUUGGGAAAAUCGAUCAUCCCAUCGGUACGCUGCAUCAAGAUGAUUUCAAUGGUGGGAGCUUCUCAUCGGUGGAGCUCAACGCUCCCAAACCCUCCACCUCGAACGAUGGAACAGCUGUUUCGAUUGCGAACUACUUCAGCAGCAGCACAUUCGCCAUUUCCCAUCCGCCGGGUGCGGUGGAUUUGUUUGAAAAUGUCGAACCGAAGCUCGCCUCGGUACCAACUCCAUCAGCUGCCCCGGUAUCGGUGGCGGAGGUCCGGCAACCGGAACCACCGGUUGAUCCCAGCGUGUACAACAUUAACAAACUGUCGGACGAAAUUGGUAACCUUAUCGCGAAUGCGAAUGCUGAUCUUGGGCCACAAAACACGAUACUGGAGCUGGAAUCGGAAAAGGCCGAUCUGGCGCGACAGUUGAACGCAGAGAAGCUAGAAAACGAUGAACUGCGGUUGCGGCUGCGCAACAAUCAGUCGCUGGUGGAUGAGCUGAAGAUCGAGAUCGAUAAGCUGCGGUUGGAGAACAGUACGCGCGUUACGGUGGAACUGGGUCCACUGCAGGAACAGCUUCAGAUGCAAAUUCAAGCGGUCGGUGUGUUGGUUGGUGAGAAAGCGGAACUUACCGCAUCGCUGGGAAAGUGUAAAUCUCUCCUGCAGGAACGUUCGGCCGAAAAUGAUGCGCUGCAACACCGUCUGCAAGACACAAACGCUACCGUACAGAAGCUGCAAGGUGAACUAAACGAAGCGAAAAGCCACGGGCAGCGGUACGAGCAGCUAGAGCAAACGAUCAGCACCCAGGUCGGAGAAUACCAGCGCGAAGCUGAACGUUUCCGCAAGCUGUACGAAGAUCUGCAGGAAGAUUUAGCCGAGCUGCGCCAAAAGCUUACUGUGCGCAAUGAAGAGUAUCACGCAGCACAGCAAUCGCUCGACCAGACACGAUCCGAACUGGGCCUAGCGAAGAUACGCAUCGAUCAGCUAACCACGGACGAUGGGCAGGAUUAUAAUGCGAGAAUCGAAUCACUUACGCAGCAGAAUCUUAUCAAGGCGCAACAAAUUAAGGAUCUGCAGGAGGUAAUUAAACAGAUCGGCACGGAACGGGACCAGAGCAGCCAGCAAUACCAGAACUAUGUGCUGCACUUGAACAAGGAAAUAAGCAAUCUGGCGGAAAAGAUUCAGGAGCUGACGGAUGAGAACAAUCGGCUGUCGAAGAGUGAGGAGACGGCCGUACGCUUUGCAAACGAGCUCGAGCGCCAGAUACAGCAGCAGAUGCAAAAGCUGCAGCGAGUGUAUGCCGGACAGCAGGAAGCGCAAACAGACGUUACCGAGAGUAAUUUUAAGUUGCGCGAAGAUCACGACAAGCUAAAAGCGGAACUAGACACACUGCGCAUCAGUCACGACAGGUUGGAACGUGAAAAGGAAGAGCUUAUGAAUGGAAACGUUUCCAAAGAGAAUGAGCAGAAAAAUGAUUAUGAAACGCAGGUUAAACAGUACGAAGAGCAAAUAGCUCAACUACAACUUACGGUGGAAAGACUCCAGCUGGAUAAACCGGAUGUGGCGAAGCUGCUGGUGGAAAUUGAAAGUGGCCGGGUUGGUGCUUCCCGUGCCGUAACGCAGAACCAGGAGCUGAAGUCUCAGCUGGAAGAAAUGCAACGGGCGUUUGUGCAGAUUAGCAAUGACAAGCUGAACCUCACGGAUAAGCUGCAAACGGAACUACAUCUCGGAAAGGAGAUGAAGGCCAACUACGGCAAUCUCGAGUCCGAGCUGGGUGCCAUCCGUGAGAAGCUACACUACAAGGACGAGGAAAUGAUUCGUCUGGCGCACGAAAACACCGAACUGAGCAAGCAAAUUUAUCAACAGAAUCAAGAAAUCGAUCGAUUACGCUACUACGAGUCACGAUCGAACGAUGCCGCAACGUUGCAGCGCGAACUGGAGCUGCAGAAGCGUACCGCCGAUGAGCUGCGGCGCCAGCUGCGCGAAGGUUCCAUCUCGAGCGAAUCGCCCAUGCUGGUAAACGGUGAUCAAACGGCACAUGAACAUACGAUCGACACUAGCCCGCUACAGCAAGAGAUCGAUACGCUUCGACAGGAGAAGGAAGAAUUGCUGAAAGCCUUGAACCGAUUCCAGCAAGAUCGUACGCAAGACGCCACCGAAGGACCACCGAACGGUGUCGGUGCGUUCGAUCGCCAAUCGUCUAUCGUGAGCAGCAUCCCAACGAUGGAAGCGAUGGAAAAGUUACAGCAGCGCUUCAAACGUACCAUGGUUGAGGUGGCCGAAUUGACCGAGGAAAAGCAACGGCUCGAACAUUUGGUAUUGCAGCUGCAAGGCGAAACGGAAACCAUCGGUGAAUACAUCACACUUUAUCAGCAGCAAAGAAGAUUGCUGAAACAAAAGGAUAUGGAACGCGAUCUGCAGCUUCAGCAGCUGGCAGACGAUCGCGAGAUGAUGAAACUCAAGCUAAAGGAGCUUAACUAUCUGGUGCAUCGGUUGGUUCAGGAACAGCAGCAGGAUGGUGGUGAACAUGAUCACGAAUCCCAUCAUCACCAUCACCAUCAUCAUCAUGCUUCGUUGAACAACAGUAGUAGUAGUGGUGGCAGUGGUUACAACUACAGUCAGUUUGACACGAACAGUACGCAUGUGAAUAAUACUAGUCCCGUUCCGGGUUCCGGUGCACCGCAUCAUGAUGAUGUCGCAACGGCUUCAAUAGAAGCCCCUUCACCGCCCGGUGCUGAUGGGGAUUAUCACCAUUCACCACUGCCAUUACCAAAGGUGCACAUUAAACCAACGGAAACGGCUGGUCGCAUCCUUUCGCUGUUGACCGACAUCAAGGAGGCAAAUAUUCCGUACGGUAGCGGUGUACAGCACUGCUCCUGCUGUUCCGGCCGGUUGGAAACGGUUUAG